CGAUAAUGACGGAGGGCGUUCAGUACCGAAAUGAGAAAGGUAUACCCCGCGAAGUAGAACAACAUUUACAACUCAAACAUCCAACAUGAUCAUGACAAUACCAUCAUAACAUGUCCAAGAAAGUCAAAAAGACAACUUCAUUUCGUUCUUUACAGCAUACAAUCACACGCGAUAUACAGGAUAUACGGGAUAUCACUGUGCUGUACGACAAGGCCACUCUACUCUACGAAAGAGGAGAUCAUAGAGGGGCAUACGUCUAUUUUGACAUAUGCGUCACAGCAAGAAAAGAUGAGCCUCAAUAUCGUUUAAGCAGAGGCAUUUGUGCAUUCUCAUUGCACGUCUACAAACAAGCAUAUGAAGACGCAAAAAUAUCAAUGAAAAUGAAAGAAAGGGUGGAAAGACACUCAACGUCAAGAGAACUUCAAAAACAAAUUUCGGAUAAAUUAUUGAGCAGUUUAAUGGCCGAUCAUCGAAAACAUAUUUCACGUUGUAAAUAUUGGAUGGGAAAAGCAAAUUUUGAACAGGGGGAUUAUGAAAAUGCAUUGAGCGAAUUCAACGAAUCGCAACUAAUCAUGCCCAACUCAAAGGCUAGAGAGAUGAAGAAGCAAUGCGAAGAACGCAAAAAGCAAGGAUUGGGAUCGAUGUACUAUCACACGGCAUCAUCCAGGUGCAAAAGGUUAUUUUGCGAUGAAGAAAACAUGACCAGUCAACAUCAGCAUUCGAAUCGUCAUCCGAUCAAAUAUGCACCAGCAUUUUCAUCUACUUUACAACAUCCACAAGAUUCACAAUUACCACAUUCGAUUCUUGGAACAUAUGCAGUCUUUGAUAGACAUUCAUUUUAUGAGGAAAAAGCGAGGUUGAUUCAAAAAGCGAUCGGCGCUCAAAGCAAAGAUUCCGAAUUACGAUCAAUGGCUGCCAGUAAUGAACAAGGAGAUGAUGACUUGGACAGCGAUGAUAUUUGA